UUGGCUUGUGCGCUAAGGGGUUAAAUCAGCUGAAAGGAAGAGUCGUUAAGAAAAAGGACGCCAGCACAGCAAACACCACCAUCACCAUUAAAGAGCUGACAAAAAAUGACACCGAUACCUACUUCUGCACUCUGAUGUGUAAGGUCAAUGGGCAAAGCAAGCAGCACCAUGGCAACGGAACAAAGAUUCACGUCUGUGAUCCAGAGUGCAUCGCUAGGAAAAUCCCAACCGCCAGUGCCACAGCUCCGCCAGAUUUCUCUCGUCUUUUCGUUGUAGAGCCAGACAGCGAUGCUGCUGAAGACGGUCUUCUUCCUCUUCCGUUCUAUGCCCUCCUCGCGCUGAAGCUGGUGUUUGCUGUUGUCAUGGUCACCGUGUCAUUUUCCUGCCCCCGCUGUUGAGCUGUUCUCAAAUGUUCACACCACCUCCACCUGGACAACAGAAGUGCCGCAGACAAUAUCAGCACUGCAGGGAUCUUGUGUCGUGGUUCCCUGCAAGUUCAAUUACCCAGACCGUGAAAUAAAGCCUACAGACCUGACAGGAAUAUGGCACACGACAAAUCAAGACAUACACAUUUAUCACCCGGACUCCUCCAAAGUGAUGGAAGAAUUCAGGGGCCGGACAAAUCUGAUUGGGGAUCUUGCAAGAAAAGACUGUUCACUGAGAAUUAAUCACCUGAAAAAAAGGACAAUGGCCCAUUUAUUUUUAGGAUAGAGAUUCGUGACUUUGAUAUGUACUCUUACAAAGAUAAUAUGGUCUCCAUUGAUGUCCAAGGUGUGUUUGAAGAAGUGUUCUCUAUGUGGCUUAUUUUUAAAAUCAUGAGUAUGUACUGAUAAGAUCCUGGGUUAAAGUCAUUGUAAAACAUAUGCAGUUCCUUUUAGGUCUGUGCACUUUGGCUAUUGAAAGCCCCACUGCAUUCUUGAGACCAGCUGUGAUUGGAAAUAUGUUUUUAUGACUUUAUUCUCUAGAAAUGUGACAGCUCACUUUGUUGACCAAAAAUUGAAAAUGAUACAUUGGGAACUUGUAGCUUACAGAUGGCGGUUUAUUAGAUGCUUGUUAUCACUUGACUACAGACUCUCCAGCCUUCCCAUUUCUGACCGUGAGCGGGGAGGUCAAAGCAGGUGCCGCUGUGACUGCUUCCUGCUCUGUGUCUCACUCCUGUCCCACGGAGCUGCCUCACCUGAUCUGGAGCCGCAGUGGAACAACCACCAACCAAUCAGAGGAGCUGCCCAACAGCCAAUGGAGAGUGACUUCAAGCCUUUCACUGCCACAAACUCUGACCACAACCAGCACCUGACUUGCACAGCAAAGUAUCAGCAAGUCACAUCUGUGCAAUCUUCUAAAAUUUUGAAUGUGGCAUAUGCCCCAGUCCGUGUGGAGGUCGAGCCUGAGUCCACAGUGGUGAAGGAGGGAGAUGCUGUGGAGAUGCAGUGUUCCAGCGACAAUAACCCUCCUGCACACGACUACCAGUGGUACAACAUCACUGGCACCCUGCUGUCAGAGGAACGAAUCUACAAACUGCACAACGUGUCCAGACACACUAAAGCUCUCUACUGUGCAGCCAUCAACACAGAGGGGCACAAGAACUCCACUCCGGCCAAGAUCAGUGUGGAGUAUGCCCCAGAAAUAAAAGAGGGACCGGCCUGUAGCGUGAGGGCCGCGGGGGUGGCCUGCUUGUGCGUAGUGGACUCAGAACCUCCCCCUGAGAUUACCUGGCUGCUCCAGAGAGGGAGCGAUGCCAGCGCCGGCACUGAGAGACACGGCUCCAUCACGCUGGGCACGCUGCGGAGUACCCAGAGGCUCACAGAGCUCACCCGCCAGGCCAGCAACUCACGAGGAAACACGUCCGCAGUCUUCACACCACCCCAGAGCGGUGAACUCCAGUACAUUUCACUCAUAGUUGCUGCUGUGCUGCUGGUGGCAGGCAUGGCCGUUGUGAUGUGGCUAGCAAGAAGAACGAGAUACAAUCGUGAGCAACCUGUAACUGGUAUGGACGACGCAGCCACAACCAUGACAGGGACCUCCUACGCUAUGGCAGCAAGAAAGGAGGAAAAAAGCAUCAACAGUGGAUUUUAUGUAAACGAUUAACAGAUGUAUGGUAAUAUUGGGGUUGGAGAGGAAGAUGAUGUGUAUACAUGUGUGGAAGAUGCCUCUGAUUAGAAUGAAACAGGUACACAGGUACCCUAGAUGCCACUCCCCCAGUGUUGAAUGCAGUAACUCAGGAGCUGUCGAGCCAUACCUAUAACCAUACUAUAACCAUAAACAUGUGAAUAUGGCCACUGUCCAUUUCCAACAGACACCUAUAUUUACGUUAUUUUUUUUUUUUUACAAGAGCACUGCA